CAACAAAUUUCAGGACUUGCAUCCACCAACACAAGCCACAUACGAGAAACACACAAGCAAGGAGCAACAAGCAGAAGAGCAGUGGACUGUGUGCUACACGCCUCGACACGCAAGCGUUCCCUCUAUCCAAAGCGCAGCAGCACUGCCGGGAUGCCUCGCGGCAUGGACCGGCUGCGGGAGAGCUUCCAAGGGCUAAGACAGUCUGCAGAGUCGCUGGCCAGGGUGGUUGGAACUGGCGGUGCGAGCGUGCAGCUGUCGCGGCAGAUGCACACGGCAAAGUCCAUCCUGGAGGCGCUCAACAAGUUCAAGCAGUCCAUGAACACCGCCAUCGACACGCCAAAGAGUGCGGGCAACCUGACAAACGACGCGCUGGAGGCAACCGUGGCAUGCCUCAAAGGCUUCCUGACGAUUGUUACGCUGAUGUCGGAGUACGAGAGUGACAUGGAGGCCGACGAGGAUGAGGAUCUUGUGGGGCAGCGGCGACAGGAGCAGCGCCGCCUCCGUCGACAGCGCGCAAAGCACCGCAGGUCACGAAGGCGUGCUACUCAACAACCACAGAAAGGUGACGGGAGCGACGCUGAUAGUGGCAGUGAUGAUGAAGCAAGUGGAUCGGAGGCAGAAGCGGGACCUGCUGGCAAGGGCAAGACUGAUGGAGAUGACGUGCACGCUGAUGAUGACGAUGGUCAUGCUGCUGCUGAUGACGAUGGUGAUGGUGAUGGUGAUGGUGAUGGUGAUGGUGAUGGUGAAGCACACCCACGCAAGCGCGCAAAGCGAGCCGAAACUGCGACUGCUCAAUGGCAAGACGGCGUAACACAGCAAUUGUCGAGAGAAGCAAAUGCAGGACAGGCAUCUGCAACCCGGGCUUCCACUGGUCACACCACAACCGAUCCAAAAAGCGGGUUGGCACGCGUGCUUGAUGGCGCGGUAACAGUCUGCAACUGUGCACCAGUUUGCCUGCAACCACAAGACGCGGCCUCCGACACGAUGUUGAUGACCUUCAACGUGCCCAAGACGCUCCUCUUUCACAUGCCCAACGUGGAUGAAGGCAUUGCCAUUGCUCGCGACAUUGUUGGCAGAAACUGCUACCUCAAGGUCAAGCUCUGAUGAAGCGUGUGUGUGUGUGUG